UAAAACUGGAAAGUCCUAAUAAUCUAGCAGAAUUUAAAGAAGCAAGUAUUGAGUCUCGGGAAUGUAACUGCAUGUCUCGUGGUGUUGAAGCUGGUCAAGAAUUUAAUAAUGCUGGUAACAAAAGCUCCAAGUCUAUGAAAUCAGUGCACUCUAUUUCAAGUUUGACUUCUACCCAUGAACUUAAUGGUCAUGGAUUCAUGCCUGCUCUUGGUGAAAUGCUUAAGAUGUCGGGGACAAGAUGGAAAAGGCCCUUCAGAAGCACAGC